AUGCUCGUGGACGCAGAGGCGGUGGAAGCGGAAGGGAGCGUGGGUGAGGUGUCCAUCCAGGUGGAUCUCUUCACGCAUCCGGGCACCGGGGAGCACAAAGUCACCGUGAAAGUGGUGGCAGCCAACGACCUCAAGUGGCCCGUGGCGUCGGGGAUGUUCCGUCCGUUCGUCGAGGUGAACCUCAUCGGACCCAACUUGGCGGAUCGGCGGCGCAAGCACGCCACCAAGUCCAAGGCCAACAACUGGUCUCCCAAGUACAACGAAAACUUCCACUUGUACGUCGUACCUCCCUCUCAUCCCAUGAUUGGGAACGAGGAAUCGCCAUCCUCCUACGAGCUGCACAUCUGCAUCAAGGAUUACUGCUUUGCCAGAGAAGAUCGUCUGGUUGGCGUGGCCAUCAUGCAGCUCAAAGACAUUGUCGAUCAUGGUUCUUGUGCGUGUUGGCUGUCACUGGGAAAGCGCAUCCACAUGGACGAGACAGGAUGGACCAUCCUACGAAUCUUGUCUCAACGCACUAACGAUGAGGUCGCCAAGGAAUUCUGCAAGCUCAAAAGCGACGUUCGAUCCGACAAUCCCCUCCCGGUCAAUUCCUGAAAAGAUUCCUACCCUGCGAUGACCUCGAAGCAGUACAAAUUGGGACCAAAAAUCAACUGACUGACACAGAGAGACCCAUGCCACUUGGGUCUUUGGAGCUUCCACAGGCUGGGAGAAAAGAAAUGAGAUGUUGUCACCGAUAACAUCAUCCUCAUCACCUUGUCCAACCCCCCUUUUUCCAGUCAUAUCGCUUCUCCAUUCCCCUGUUACUGUUUACAGAAAAUGUUUUAUGGAGUCUGUUUCCCCUUUAGAUGUUCUUUUUGUACCCAUCUCCCCAGGGAGUGGAUAUCGUUUGCUACACAAAUCUGUGCCUUCUUCCUUCAUGUUUGCAUUCAAAGAUGUUAAGGAGAAAAAUUAAAUGAGAGAAAGAGGAGAGAAAUUUCACCCUUCCAUGUACAUAGAGAUAUUAUGUGCUUCUCAAGGUGAGACACAAUAAUGAGAGUUUUUUUGUUGCACUCUAUCUGUUGAAGCCAGUGUUCACGGGCUAUGCCCCAUGUCCUUCCCCCUCCCUGUGACAUCAAAUCCAUACUGACAUGGAUUUUCAUUCCCCUUGUGAUUUUUUUAUUAUAAAGGCUACAGAAUUCUAUAAUAAAACAUGUCCAUCAC